AUGUCCGCCGCAGCGAACAAUAACAACCAUUCGUCCACCGCAGAUGGUGUGACUAAGCGCAAAUCAGGUGUCGCGGCUUGUGUUCACUGUCAUCGGCGCAAAGUCCGAUGCGAUGCACGCCUAGUCGGCUUGCCUUGCUCCAACUGUCGUUCCUCGGGGAAGACAGAUUGUCGCAUCCAUGAAAAGAAAAAGCGUAUUGCUGUACGCUCGAUUCUUGACCCUGUUCCUAUCCGUUGUCGACCCGUGCCUUCUGCUACCGAAUCCGCCUCGAAAUCUUUAUCUCCAUCAUCCUCCACCCAAGCUACCACCCCGUUACCGAAUGUCCUUAGUACCAGCCAGCCUGUGGCAUCGAAUCAUUUUGCGAAUCAUGUUCCGCAUCCUAGAUCGCAGUCUUUUUCGGGCACCGAAACAACCCAUCGGCCAUCGGGCCCGGACCCAUCGAGCGAACGAGAUGCCCACAAUGAUCUUGAAAAACGUUUAGUGAAACUCAUUGAUGAGGAAGAAUCUGGGAGAAGACACAUUCAAAGGGGUGUCAGAGCAAUUUAUGUCGGUCAUGAACUUUCAAAUAUGUCCUUUUUGAUUCGCCAGCAACGGGAUAACGAUGACGAUGUGUAUCAUUUCGCGGGCAAUGAAAUUCCACGACACCAAUUGAGAACGGGACACGACCAGCUCCUCAUGGAUGCCCUCACUUUACCAGAACAGGCUCUUGCUGAUGAGCUGGUAGAGGCGUACUUCGCCUACGUGAACCCGGGAUAUCCUAUCAUCGACGAAGACUUGUUCAUGGCCCAAUAUCGCAGCCGAGAUCCUUCUGAUCCCCCGUCAAUUUUACUUCUUCAGGCUAUAUUGCUCGUUGGGGCACAUGUGUCCCGCCCGAAAGCAGAAAGAGAUCCUCUGAAAGAGAUCUUCUUCCGCCGUUGCAAAUGGCUGUUUGAUAACCGCAUCGAGCGGAGUCGGGAUACUUUAGUUCAAGCAGCACUACUUCUUACUUGGCAUUCGGACAGUGCUGAUGAUGAUGUGGCUGCAAAUGCCCACUACUGGGUUGGUGUCGCUGCCAGAAUAGCCACGGGUAUUGGCAUGCAUCGCAAUCCAGUGUCGAGCAAAUUCGUGCCCGAAGACAGGCACAUGUGGAGGAGGCUGUGGUACAUUUUGCUCCAGUUUGAUGUCAUGGUAUCUCUUUCCUAUGGUCGACCCCACGCUAUAAAUCUUGAGGAUUCCGACGUUGCACCACUAACACCCGCUGACUUUCAAGACUGCGGGUCUCGAGUUCAGAUAGAGUACGUGACUCACUUUUCGGAACUCUGCACCAUGAUAUUCUACAUCGUUCGUGAACGAUUCGGCCUCCGGGUUAGUGCUGAACGUCGCAAAGCGGUGCUUCAAGAAGCCGACGAAGCCCUCGCCAACUGGUCUUUGAAACUUCCGGACAGUUUGCGUCUUCGUGCAUCUGAUAUGGAUCCUUGGUCUGCCAUGCUUCAUCUCACAUAUAAUAAUUUCCUCAUUCUUCUCCAUCGCCCACACCCAAGAGCUUCCGCAUACUCGGACGACUACGGUCCCCACGAUGCAGAGAUUUGCAGUGCUGCUGCUGGUGUCAUCGGUUCCAUUUUCGAAGAGCUCCGUCUGAAUGAUCGUCUCAAGUUCCUGUGGUACUCUGGUGUCCAUACCCUUUUUACUGCAAUGAUUCAAGUACGGGUCGAGCUCCGGUUUUCCAAUCCUGUUCUAGCAAUCAACGCCCUCCGCCGCUUUGACUCGGCAUCCUACUCUCUGCGUGAGUUAUCCGGGUAUUGGGCACAUGCUGGUACUAUAUUACGACUCUUCGAGGACUCCAAGCGCCUCCAGAAGGAUCUCCAAAUGGCGACCAGCGAAAGACCGCGAGCCUUUAGCAACACACAGAACGGCAACAGUAAAAAAGUCAGCGCUACUUCUAACAAUACCGUAUUGCCGAUACCCAAGACAGAUAAUCAAUCCCCCUACGAGACAUCUACCGAACCGGCCCAUAUACCACAACCCGCCCUAGACCCUCAACCAAGCCAGCCUUUCGAUAGCUGGAUACCUUCGAACAACAUAUCAUCUAUGGAGCCCAUGGAUCAUCCCAGGGAGCUCCUAGACUGGAGACAGCUAUUCUCAUUUACCGACCCGGACCAGCCUAUUCCAAUGCCCAUGGAAGGGUUACCAGAGCUUGAGGACGAGUGGCGUCAAAUCUACUGGCAAGAAACUCCGAUGUCAGACCUUCUCCAGGAUGGAGGAUGGAUGCACUAG